UCAAAUCAAAACAACUAAAACAAACAAAGCCAUAUACAGCAGAGAAGCAGAAAAUUAAGAGAAAAGGAGAUCGAAGGGAAAGGAUAAAGAAAAAGGAAAUUAGAAGAGUGAAAUUUUGAAGGAAAUGAUCAAAGGCGUACACAGAAAUCAGCAGCAAUUGGAAUUACCAGCGGGAUUUAGAUUCCAUCCAACGGAUGAGGAAUUAGUUCAACAUUAUCUCUGCCGUAAAUGCGCUGGGCAGCCUAUAUCUGUUUCAAUUAUAGCUGAAAUUGAUCUUUACAAGUUUGAUCCUUGGCAAUUACCUGAGAAGGCUUUGCACGGUGAAAAGGAAUGGUAUUUUUUCUCACCAAGAGAUAGAAAAUAUCCGAACGGCUCACGGCCAAACAGAGCGGCCGGAGCCGGUUACUGGAAGGCCACCGGAGCUGAUAAGCCAGUGGGAAAGCCCAAGACUUUAGGGAUAAAGAAGGCGUUAGUGUUUUACGCUGGAAAAGCACCCAGAGGAAUCAAAACCAAUUGGAUAAUGCACGAAUAUCGACUCGCUAAUGUGGACCGGUCUGCUGGCAAGAGCAAUAAUAACUUGAGGCUUGACGAUUGGGUAUUGUGUCGAAUAUACAACAAGAAGGGCACACUUGAGAAGUAUUACAAUGUGGAUAACAAGGAACAUUUGGGCUUCGAUGAAGUUGAGGAAGAAGAGGAAAAACCAAAAAUUUUACCAUUUUCACAAAGUAAUGAGUUGAUAGCACAAUUAGCACCAGCGCCGAUGCCACCGCGGCCACAAUCGAUGCCGGGCUACUUUCACUUUGAAACGUCCGAGUCGAUGACUAGGAUGCAUACAACAAACUCGAGCUCUGGGUCAGAGCAUGUUUUGUCGUCGUGUAAUAAGGAGGUCCAAAGUGCUCCCAAAUGGGACGACCUCGACAAUGCCCUUGAUUUCCAGCUAAAUUAUUUGGACAGCUUCCAAUAUGACCCUUUUGAGCCCCAAAUGCAGCAGCAAAAUUGCAACAUUGAUCAGUUCAAUUCUUUCCAAGACAUGUUCGUAUACAUGCAGAAACCUUACUAAUCCGGCGCGAAUAUCUCCCCUACUAAUUGUAUAAUCAUGGCAAUUGGAUUUAACUGAUUGUGAUCCAAGGCCUCCUCUUAGUUCUUUCAACUUUAUUCUUUGGUGUAGGUCAAUUUGUUUUUUUGGGGGGUGGGGGCUGAGGGGAGGUGGGGUGAAUUAUAGAAAAUGCAAGUCAAAUUUGAUGGGCUAUAGCUCAAGUGAGCCUUGACAAGCAUAGCCAGAGGACUAUGUUGAAGGCUUAUGGUAGGUACAUGUAAAACAAAUGAAAAUUUGUUAAUAUCAAAGUUAUCAUUCUUCAAAUCCA